GCGGCACUCAGCGGCCGGGUGAGCGGUAGCUGCGGGGCCAUGAGGCUGGCGGAGGGGCGCUUCGGCCGGGCGCUCCUUCCCCCUCCGCAGCGAGCGUAGCAGAGCCGUCCCUUCCCCCUCCGCGGCCAUUGAUGCCGCUGCCGUUGGGCGGCGGUGGCGCGCGCCGCAGAGGGGCCGUUUGAUUCCGGGCCGAGGCCUGGGGCUGCCCCCAGUAUGCGAUGGGGAACUGCUGGGCGCAGUGGUGCUGCGGCCUCUUCCUGCGGAGAGAAGCGGGGCGGACCCAGCGAGGCGGAGGAUCAAAGUAUUUUAGAACAUGUUCAACUGGAGAACACUUCACUAUUGAGUUUGAGAAUCUAGUGGAAAGUGAUGAGGGAGAAAGCCCAGGAAGUAGUCAUAGACCUCUGACGGAGGAAGAAAUUGCUCAUCUGAGAGAGAGACAUUAUGAUUCCAUUGCUGAAAAACAGAGAGCAUUUGAUAUGAAACUUCAGUCAGAGUUAGCCUUACAAGAGGAGAAGUUAAGAAUAGAAGAAGAGGCUUUAUAUGCUGCACAACGUGAAGCAGCCAGGGCAGCAAAGCAGAAAAAGCUCUUGGAGCCAUAUAGACUACAGAGGAUUAUGCAGCCAGCACCAGCAGCUAAUAAUGGAGAAUAUCAAAGCUCAGUGGCAGAGGAGGAGUUUGAUUGUUCUUUGAGAAAUAUAAAGCUCCACUAUGAAGCUUUUCGAAGUAGCAGACUUUCAUCUGAUGCUACCAUUCUGACACCAAACACGGAGAGCAGCUGUGACUUAAUGACCAAAACAAAAUCAACAAGUGGAAAUGAUGACAGCACUUCACUAGAUCUAGAGUGGGAAGAUGAAGAAGGCAUAAACAGAAUGAUUCCAAUAAGAGAGCGCUCUAAAACAGAAGAAGAUAUACUCCAAGCAGCGCUAAAAUUUAGCAGCAAGAAGACAGGAAGUAAUCCAACCUCAGCUUCUGAUGAUUCAAAUGGUUUGGAGUGGGAGAAUGAUUUUGUUAGUGCUGAGAUGGAUGAUAAUGGCAAUUCAGAGUAUGCUGGAUUUGUGAAUCCUGUAAUAGAACUGUCUGUGUCAGACAUAAAUAAACUCGAUGCUGAUCAACAAGACAGGUUUGGAAGAAAGAGAUCCUAAAACAGAGUUCCUGUGGCUAUAUUAACACAAAACAGUACAUUGAACUUUUCAAGCUUUCCUGUGCUCUGUAACUGGAUAGUUACCAUCACUGAUAUGGGCUGAAACUUAAGCAGCAAUUACUGCUGACCUUGUGGAAUCUGAUGCAUAUUCUUCCCUUACGUUUUGAUUAUGAAUUAUGUAAAACAAAAACUAACUGGAGAGACUGUGUAAAACACAACUGUAAUAAAUGUGUUUUUUCCCAAGCUUGCAGUAAAGCUUUACUCUCCUCAUGUAAAUUGUGUGUUCCUCUCUAGCAUCUUUCUGAAUAAGGAUUUUCAUGUGUGGCUCUUUAUUUUUAGAAUAAAGGCAAUGCACUUCCUCCAAGUUACAAAAAGCUACAUCAUCAGAAAUAACUAUAUAUUAUCUAAAGUGUGUAACCCAUUUAGAUAUGAGUCCCUAUAAUGUGGUAGGGUCAUGGUAGUUUGAUCUUCCUCAUGACUUUUAUCUAAAAUUAAAACACCAGACACUUUGACUAAAUAUGCACAUACAGUGACACUUUAGGAAACCGCUAAAUCUUUUAAUGUAUUUAACAUUCCAUUUCUUAAUUUAAGUUAUAACUAUGUUGGAAAUAUUUUAACGUAAUAUCUACAUUUGCAAUGCCUGUAAUGUUUUUUUAAAAUUUGUACACAUCAAAUGUAUAUUUUUGUUUUGGUGUAAGCAACUACUGUGUAAUUUUUUUUCUUGACAUAUUCAUAUUCUAAGGAAAGGCAACUUCCUCAAUCUGUAAAUAAACUUUUUUUUACUUGAAAACUAA